GAUUUCUGACAACAGAAGACGGAGUCAUACCAGGAAACUUAGGAUUAAAAGAUCAACAUUUUGCCUUCCAGUGGGUUAAAAAUAAUAUCCAUUUAUUUGGUGGGGACCCCGAAAAAAUUACGAUAUCUGGUGAGAGUGCCGGAGGGGCAUCUGUGGGAUUACAGUUAGUAAGUCAACGAAAUAAAGGCUUAUUCAGAGGUGCUAUUUUACAAAGUGGUACCUCAGUAGCACAGUGGGCACAUCAAAACUAUGCAAGAUUCUACGCUUUCGAAUUAGCUCGAAGUUUGGACCCAAGUUUCACUUCGGAUAAUUCAACGGAAUUACUAGAACUGUUGCAAAGCUUUCCUGCUUCAAACAUAAACAACAACACAGUUACUGCUGCUGUUGGAAAAGAGUCUGCGUUAUUGGGAAGUUUAAUAUGGCUGCCUGUAAUUGAGGAGGCUAGUCUAGAUGGAGCACUCAUCACGGGUUUAUUUCAUGAGGACAUUAGAACAGGAAACAUAAACCAAGUUCCCAUAAUCAUUGGCUUUAACUCUGAGGAAGCACUAUUGUUUUUGAAUAGUGAUCCUUCAGAUGUUGAGGCGCGUGCGAAAUAUUUCGACAGUGAUUUAUCCAACCUUAUUAGAAACCAGUUCAAUAUGACCAAAGAGAAACAAACUGACAGCUGGCACUAGACUGAGGCAAAUUUACACCGACGGAACAUUUGAAGACGAUCCUGGGCAAGUAGUGAAGUUUUUCAGUGACGACUUGUUCAUAACCCCAUCUAUUAGGCAUGCAAAGUUACAAUCCAACUAUUCCGACGUUUAU